AUGGCACCGACCUGUUUCAGCGGGUGUGCAUCUCAAUACCGUGCCCUACCGGAGCUUUUCAGAGGCAAUCGAGGCUGCCUGCGAGGCGUUCAGAAGCAGAUUGGAGCAGCGGAGCCAGAGCCACGGGAACCACGAGACCUCCUCCCAGCCGACGGGAGAGCCUCCGCAGUUCCACAGCUGAGUUGCCCGGGGCUCAUUUCCAGGAGCCAGUCUGCGGUCAGCAGCGACACCGGUCACGUGAGCAUCAGCGAAGUGGAGCGGCCGACGCUGCUGCGAUCUGCAAAGGCGCUGUCGCCUCGCGCUGGAAACCACGAGAAAGCUGGGGAGAAGGUUGACAGUCUACCUGUAAGCCCCCAUGAAGUGGACAGCUCUUUGGCCGCCCUGACGACAGCGACUUCCGAAGAAGUGGAUGCCCACGAGGAGGCUGGAUCGCCAACGCAGCAGAGCCCGUGGCCUGUUUUUGGCUGCUGCAGUGCCGUCGGCCCCAGUGCAGCCGUGCCUUCUCAAUGGGACUCCGACUGGAUGUGGCACGCUUCCGCACAAGUGGGUGCCGGCCUCUGGACUGGCAGCAAAGAUGCUUUGGUGUUCCUCGGGACGCAGCUGCAAAGCGCCGCGACGACAGCCGAGCCGCACCUUUCGUCGCUAGCAGGCAGAGCGACCGAUGCUCUGCAAUCAGCUGCGGCUGAAGCCAUGGAAGGCAUCCGAGCUCUUGGACCACGCAAGCCUCGAGCUCUGGGAAACGGACCUGGGAGACGUGGGGAUCUUCAGCCACCGCUGUUGCUCGCUCCCACCCUUCCGCCGCUUCCUGAGCUGAAUGUCUUCGCCCCGAUGUUGGAUCCAAGGCCUCCUUGCCUCGGCCAGGGUAUGGCAAGACCGCCCUUUCCUGGCACGGAGUAUCCAGGACCUGUUCCAGGACCCAUGGCAGCUCCCUUUCCAGCGCAUGCACCCCCGAUGCUGGCGUGGCCACCGAGAAGCCAUUCUUUUGCAACGCCCACAAGCAUGGCAACGAUGGCAUGGCCGGGCAGCCUGCCGCAGCACCAUGUGCCUCCGCAGGUCCAGGUUACUACGCGGUCUGCCCCAGCAAGCUUCCAUUUGGGCGAUGAGACUAUGCAAUCUAUGCCUUGGGGCUGCCAUGGACACUACGGUAUUCAGGCGCCUCCUGGACCCAUUGUGCGACAAGCCAAAGUCCUCAAAAGUACGCUCGGGGAGAGACGGCCGUUGACAGAGAGUCGCAUCAAAGCGAGCGACUGA